AUGACAUUGGAUGAAGACCAUAGUAGCCAAGAAGAUGGAGCUAUCACAAGUGCCUCACAGUUUCUACCAGAUUCUGAAUAUUGGCCCACAAACCCAAUUGAUGAGAAGGUGGCUCUGUUGGUGAAUUUUCUGCUAUUCAAGUAUCAAAAUAGGGACCCGAUCGCAAAAGCCGAGAUGCUGGAUAUUGUCAUCCAAGAGUAUGAGGACCACUUUCCUGAGAUCCUCCUGAAAGCGUCUGAACGCAUAGAGAUGCUGUUUGGCCUUGAUGUGAAAGAAGUCGACCCUCUCAACCAUGGCUACAUCCUCGUCAUUAAACUGGGCCUCACCUAUGAUGGGAAGCUGAGUGACACAGAGGGCAUGCCCAAGACUGGCCUCCUGAUUCUUAUGUUGGGUGUGAUCUUCCUGAAUGGCAACCGCGCCACUGAGGAGGAAGUCUGGCAAGCACUGAAUACAUUGGGUGUAUAUGCUGAGCAGCAUCACCUGAUGUUUGGGGAUCCCAGGAAGCUCGUCACCGAAGACUUGGUGCAGGAAGAGUACCUGGAGUACCGGCCGCUGCCUAACAGCGAUCCUGUGUGUUAUGAAUUUGUGUGGGGUCCGAGGGCCCACGCUGAAAUCAGCAAGAUGGAACUCCUGGAGUUUAUCUGCAGA